AGUUUCAACACAAACAACACUCCUCUGUUCAUCUCUUUCUCUCUCUCUCUAGAAUCUUCUCUCUCUAGGUUUCCCGAUCGUUUCACCGCAGAUCGCCGUCGUCACCGGUCACUGAAAACCGUAUUUUUUUCUACCGGUUCCGAACCCUAAUUUUUCACAUUUUUGCAGUUUAUUGAAACAUAUAGGUGUUUUUGACGUUUUAGGGUUUCGUUUUCGGAUCUGUAAUAUUGGUGGUUCGAUUGAGGCGUGAUUGAAUAGAAAAGUUCGAUUUGUUUCAAAUUUUGAUGAUUUGUUUAGAUCCAGGGAUGGUGGUUUUAUGAAUUUGUUUGUUAAUUCGUUUCGGUUGAGGUGUUUGUAAACGAAGCUGUGGAGAUUGGUGAAUUCUAUGGUGUGUGAAAGCAUGGCUGAGGAUCUUAGUGAAGGUUCUGUGUCGAAUGCCAUUAAGAGCAACCAAUUUACCUCAGCUGACGCUUAUGCCCCCAAGGUUAGAAAACCGUACACGAUCACAAAACAAAGGGAAAAGUGGACUGAAGAAGAGCAUAACAGAUUUCUUGAAGCGUUAAAGCUACACGGCCGAGCUUGGCGUCGAAUCGAAGAACACGUUGGCACGAAAACUGCGGUUCAAAUUAGAAGUCAUGCCCAAAAGUUUUUCUCUAAGGUGGUUCGCGAGUCGACUAGUGGUGAUGCAAGUGAGGUGAAACCUAUUGAGAUCCCACCUCCUAGACCGAAACGGAAGCCGAUGCACCCUUACCCUCGUAAGCUUUCGGCUCCACUUAAAAUGGGAGGUCAACACGAGAGGUCAACUUCACCAAAUUCAUCUGGGUCGGAUCAAGAAAACCAGUCCCCAACUUCGGUUUUACCCACUGGUGGUUCAAGUAUUUUUGGGCUUGGUGAUUCGGGUUCACCAAACUCGGGUUCGUCUGCUGACGGUGUGAAACCUGAUCUCUCACCGGAAGAAAAUGAAUCUUCGCCUCCAAUGGUGAAGAAAGUUGAAUCUUGUGGUGAAGAAAAAGAAAGUUCACCCGAAGUUGGAUCCACACAAAGUUUGAAGCUUUUUGGGAAGACAGUUGUGGUAACCGAUACCUACCCAAGUGACAUGGUUGACCCACGUGAGGGCAAUAUCGUAACUUUGGUUCCACAGAACUUGAUACCAGUUAGCCCUUUACCGUGUGGAGCACCUGUGUACUACAUGCAGUUUCUUGAUGAAUGUUCCGGAUCUUCCACUUCCAUGGCACCUUGGUGGGGUCUACCUUACCCUGUGGCUCAACCGUGUAAUCCGGUCAAACCCACAAAGCAAAGUGGUUCAGAAAUGCAAAUUGAGGGUUCAUUAACGAGUUCAACCAUGUGUGACCCUGAAAGUGGAGUGCACGAAAAGAAACCGUUUUUGCUGGUAGCAAGUGAAAGAUCAGCGUUUACUAAGCAACAUAGAAGCGAAAACAAGAAGAAAGACGCGUGUAUAAAGGGGUUUGUACCAUAUAAGCGAUGUAUAGAGCAGAGGGAGUCUGAUUCGGGUGACGAAGAAAGAGAAGAGCAAAGAGUAAGACUUUACUUGUAACCUUUUUGAGGGGCAUUAGCCUCUUUGUUUGCUAUACUUUAACAUGGUAUUGGGUGCAUAGGGGAUGAGAAGAACAAGUGUAUAAAGGGAAGAUAUGCUACUUUUUUGGUUUCUGGUUUUCCCCUUUUUUUGUUACUUUUUGGUAAUUAAUCCAUUUGUAACUGACUUCUAUUUGUAGUUGUAGUUGUAGUUUUGAUUAUAUGUUGUGUUCCAAUACCAAUAGUUUUGUACUCUGUUCCUUCUGGUCUAAUGGUUUCUAGAUUUUUGUAUGAUAGGUGAAUGUAUUGUAUCACAUGUGAGAACUGUGUAUUCACAAUGAAUGUGCAGUCAUAUAUUAUUUUCAA